AGUGCGCCCAGCCCCGGCCGCACUCAUUUCGCUCCGACCGGCGCGCAACGAUGGCUCGCUCUGUGGGCUCUGUGGGCUCUAUGGUCGUGGCCUUUCUGUUGCUUGCCUCACUGGACUACUUGGACGCUAUCGAGCGUACCCCACAAGUGCAAGUAUACACACGCCACCCUCCAGAGGAUGGCAAACAGAACUUCUUGAAUUGCUACGUGUCGCAGUUCCACCCACCCCACAUUAACAUCGAGCUGCUGAAGAACGGAGAGAAGAUAGAAAAAGUGGAGUACACAGAUCUGUCCUUCAACAAGGACUGGUCUUUCUAUCUCCUGGCUCAUACCGAAUUCACACCCACUGCGACUGAUAAGUACGCCUGCAGAGUUACACACACCACUCUGAAAGAGCCCAAGGUUGUCACCUGGGAUCGAAACCUGUGAUUAAGCAUCAUGGAGGUCUGAAGAUGCUUCAUUUGGACGAGUUUAACUCCUGAGUAUUUCUCAGUUUUUAAUAUGCUGUACAAUUUAUGCACACAGUGAGGAAUAGUAAUGACACAUCAUCUUCUUUGUAACUUUGAAUUCUGCAUGUUUUCGAAAGAAAAUUGAAGACUAACACCCUACAUAUCUGAAAUAAUAAAGCAUCAAUGAGUAUUUUGAUCAGAAACAAACCAUUUUGAUAAUUUGAAAGAAAAAAAACUGCUAGUAAAUGUAAUUAAAAAUAAUAGCUGAUCAUAUAUCAAACCCUUUGUACAUCUUAUUAGUUGGAUGGAAUUAUUCAUCUUUGGCCUAUUACAACUUAAGUGAUUUUUUUUUUAAUCUAAGAAACCUGAGAUAUUUUCUUUUUGGUAAAGCACAUUGUGCCUAACAAUCCUCUCCCCCAACCCCAUGGUUUACUUCCUCUUUGUUAUGUUUACUCAAAAAUAAAGAAAAAAAGGACGUUUGCUAGACAUUG